AUGCAGAGCGGCGGCCGAAAACGCGUGGUGUCGUCAUGUAUCCCAUGUUACAGGAAGAAGCAGAAGUGCAACCGUCGCUAUCCUUGCAAUCACUGUACUCGACGCCGGCAGCCCGAGGAGUGCACCUACCAUCCCUCGCAAGCAUCGCAGGCGCCCCAGACGGAAACCCGCCCACACGAAGACGUGCCGAUGGACCACGAUGCCCAGUCGCAAGACGUCAGCGGCAACGACGAGCCUGUCGGCGCGUCGUCGGACUGGAGCACGAGGAGGAACUCGACGCUCGGCCAGGGGAGCGACUCACUUGCCGAGUUGUUUGGAUAUGUCGAGCAUAGCGAGUCCAACACCAUGGCUCUUGUGCGUAGGUUGGGUCUGGGCGAAGACGAACACCAGAAUAAGAACCGGGACAUUCCUCUGGAGGCUUACGAUGAGAUCGAGAAGAGCAUUAGAAGACUGCCGGGUCGCGAGAUCUUCGACUUUCUGGUCCAAUACUAUGUGACCGAAGUCCAUUGGAUGGAGCAGGUAGUCUAUGCCCCGUGGUUCCUAGGACAGUACCAGAAAUGGUGGACCUUGGGACGACUGUCGGGGGUACUCGAUGUCGAAUUCGCCGUGCUCUUCCUAAGAAUAUGCUCCUACGCGUCGCAGUUCCUUCCCUCGCCGUCGUACACCAUCGACCGUAUCCGUGGCAUGCCUUUAGCCGACAUCCGCGACACAUGCCAUGAUAUCGCCGAGAAGCUGGCCGCCAUCUGCGUGCGGCUUGAUGCGAGAGGCACAUUGCUCCGUGUGCAGCACCUGUCGGUUUUGGGCUUGCAGUGGCAGUGCGAGGGCCGCAUCAAUGCCUUCUGGGAAGCCCUCAGCAACGCCGUUCGGGUAGCGCAGAGGAUUGGGCUCCAUCGAGGGCGCGCGGCAUGGAUGCACGGAAUGCACGAGUUCGACAAGGAAAUACGAUGCAGAGUGUUUUGCAACCUCUACAUCUGGGACAGUCUCCUUUCAAGGCAGCUGGACUGCAACCCCUUCCUAUCCGCCACCUUGACCUCUGACCACCUGCCGCGUAUGCAUCUCGCGCCCAAUGUCGACGAUGCUGACGCCCCCGAGGGCUACUCGGAUCGCCUGAUGCAGGCCCGUCUGGCGAAUUUCUGGAGGAGCUUCCCCCCAAGACAGGGCGCAGAAUACGAGGCGACGGUGGCCGAGGAGCGGUACGAGAAGUUUUGCGGCGACUUUUUGACGCACCUGCCGCCCGUCUUCGCGCUCGAGCCCAGCGAGGAGUGGGACGAGCGACUGCCAAAGCUUCCAUUGCAGAGGCAGAUCCUGCACGUGGCCAUAUUCGAUUCUCUCUGCUACAACUUCCGACCGGUCCUGCUGCGCGAGCCAGGCCAGGUGCAAAGCCUCCCAGCAUACAAGCAGGUGCUGGUGGCGUCACAGAGGCGGGCGCUGGCGGCGGCGGCGCUGAAGAUGCUGGACGGCGUUUCAAAGCUGCACGCCAUGCUGGGCCGCUCCCACACGCGCUUCGCCGCCAUCAUCUUGCCCACGUUCGAGGCUGCCGUCGUGCUGGUGAGCCUGACCAUGGACGGGCAGUUCCCGGGCACAAACUUGGGCGAAGACGGGCCUCUGCGCACGCUCGACGUAGAUCCACUUGGAUGGGAAAAGGCGCACUUGACGCGGGAUCGCUGCCGGCGGGCGGCGCAGGAGGCGCUUGCACGUCUUGAGAUGCUGGCAGAAGUCAGCAACAUGGCCGAGGCGGCAGCCGCCACUCUGGCCCGCCUCAUGGCCAGGAUGCCGAGCAGCGACGUUGCGCAAUGGCCCUCUCCGAGCGCUUUGGAUGAUUUCUUCGCGCACUGCUCAGCAGAUACAUUCCCCGGCUUGGAUGGUGAGCUCCCUGAUUAG